CCCAUCUUCAGUUUUUGUCCGAUUGGAUCCACAGCUUUAAAGCCUUGCCUUCAAUCAAAAGUCCAAACAGUCAAGCAGUCCUUUUCUAGCCAUUGCUUCUUUCUUCCCGUUGAUUUUGCCCUUCCAACUUGCUUAUACAGUAGUACUUGAACUGCUACAAUCCUCGGUACUACGCACCCAAAAAUCACCAAACAUUUCCCCUCCAAAGUCUCCAAUCGGGACCAUUUUUCCUACGCCAAGCUAUCUAAACGUCAUUCUCUAUCAACCCAAUAAAACCCAACUGGAAAAAAAAUUGGUUGAAAGAACCCAUCCCAAGAAAAACUCCAAAAAAUUCUCUCCUUUCUUGAAUUUACAUCUCUUUUAAAGUAAAAACCCAAGAGUCUUCUGAUCAAUAAUGGCAGAGAACCCAUUGGCCAAUUCCAAUACUUCAAUCCAGAUCCCAUUGAUGGCAGAGAACCCAUUACUAUCAUCAUCAGAUGAUCUAAAGGAUACAGUUCUAGACAAGCACUUAGCCAAGCUGGAAACUUUCCUCAGAGUUUUUGGGUUCUGCCAAGACUCUCCUUUUGGUUCAAUUUUGUCAUGGCUGGCUUUUGCUAUAUUUGCUAUUUUGCUUCCCCUUUGGUCUAUUUACUAUGCUUAUUGCUCAAACUGUGAGCAUUAUCAGAUCAGAACUUUUGAGCUUGAAAUUUUCACCUCUCAAGCUGUGGUGGCUGCCAUUUCUCUGCUCUGUAUUUCCCAUAAUCUGAGAAAACAUGGUGUCAGAAACCUCCUCUUUGUUGAUCGAUGCCAUGGAAACACGGCCCAAUUUAGACAGCAGUGCAUCCAAAAAAUCAAAGCCUUUUACCGUUCAGUGUUCACAUGGGUCAUCAUUUGCUUUGUCUUAAAGACUGCUCGUGAGGUCACUCGUGCCGUAUAUCUGCGUGAUAAACUUUGGUGGUGGCCUGUUGUGAUUCUGGUUGCUUCACUUGUUUCUUGGACUUACUCAACUAUACUCUUUCUGCUGGGGACAUCACUGUUCAAUUUGGUAGGGAAUUUCCAAGUGAUACACUUCGAGAAUUAUGGAAAACUUUUAGAAAGGGAUCUGGAUCUUUCAGUUUACAUUGAAGAGCACGUGCGUCUUAAAUACAACUUAUCUAAAAUAAGUCACAGGUUUCGUGUUUUUCUUCUUAUGGAAUUCUUGGUUGUCACAGCCAGUCAAUUUGUAGCUCUAUUGCAGACAACGGGAAACAAAGGAAUAAUCAACUUCAUCAAUGGUGGUGAUUUUGCAGUAUUAUCCAUUGUUCAGCUUGUUGGAAUAGUGCUUUGUCUGACUGCAGCUGCAAAGAUGUCACAUAGAGCUCAAGCUCUUGGAGCAGUUGCUAGUAGAUGGCAUAUGCUGGUUACAUUUAGUUCUAAUGAUGCUUGUGCAUCUGGCAUUUCAACCAAUGGUGGAAACUUGGAAGUUCCCAAUCCCAUGGGCGUAUUGUCUGUUAACUAUUCAGAAAGUGAUUUGGAGUCCAGUGAUUUUGUGUCUUUGCCUCCUCGACUACCACUUACUCAGAUGACAUCAUAUCACAAAAGACAAGCCUUUGUAUCAUAUGUGCAGUCUAGUACUGGUGGGUUUACCAUUUUUGGUUGGAUAAUCGAUCGGCAUCUCUGCAACACAAUUUUCUUCAUCGAGCUCUCGCUCGCCUUCUUUGUACUGGGUAAGACCAUCACCAUUACCACCAGAUGAUGCAAAUGCCUCGAAAAUUCAUCGAUGAGAACUCGGCCCCCAAAUUUUUUUUCAUAGUUGGGGCAUCUGAUCAAGAUCACAUUAACAGGGGUGAAACUUUUCUCUAAGAAGGAGACUUAUCUUUAUUGUACCUGAGAAUUUGGUCCUGCUUUAGCUUUGGAUCAUUAUAUUGAUGAAGAACUUUGGUGUAAUCAGACACGGCGAUUGUUUUGGUUGAAACUCGGCAAAACUGUUCCAGUGUAUUACUUACUUCCUGUCUGCUAUGCCAAUUUUCAGUCGUGUAUCAAAAUCUUCUGUUCCCUGAUUCAAAGAAUGGCAUUUAUGCUUUGACAA